ACGAGAGAAGAGAGAGAGAAGAGAAAUGAAAAGAAAGAAAGAAAGAAAGAAAGAGAGGGAGUGUCUGUCUGUUAGUUAUUUCGCGUGUCCAGUGAUAGACAAAUAAUGAAUAAGAGGAUAGCAUAUGUCUGCAGGAGUACAGGACGAGUGAAUGCAUUUGAGCGUGUGCGUGCACGUGCGUGUUCGUCGAAAUAGUGUUUCUGAUCCUGAUCGACCGCGAAGACAGCGCGAUCCAUCUGCCUUCGAGGACACGAUGCUGAUGCUGACGAUUCGCCUCGCCGUACUUUCGAUCUUCCUUCACAUUAUGCCACCGCUAAUUCUAUCAUUUCGCCAAGAUAAAGAAGUAACGAUGAUGAGACAGAAAUAAUAAUUGAUGCGAGACCAUGAACCCCGCAGCGGUACGGUACGAUACGGUAUAGUUUGAUGCGGUGCGGUGCGGUGCGGUGCGGUGCGGAGAGCAUCAGGUACAGAAAGCGUCUAAGAAACCUGUUUGGAGACAGCCAAUGUCUUACGAGGCCUUUUCUCUUUCUUGUUGCUUUUCACGGCACACGCACGUUGAUGCAUUCCUACGAACAAUGCCGGAGGAGAAUAGCCGAGUGCACAAUGAAUGACGAUAAAAGUGCACCGGUAUGUGGAAGCGACGGUGUCACGUAUCCUAGUCAGUGUCAGGUCAUUUCGAAGCAGUGCCAGGGUGUAUCUAUCCUAAUUAAACACACCGGACCCUGUCCAGAAAUGCCGCCAUGCUUUUCGGCGAGACUGUCGUCACGAGUGGGAUCACGACCGGUUUGCCGGCCAGAUGGUACGUAUGCGCCGGUGCAAUGCCACAUGGAGACCGGGUUUUGCUGGUGCGUAACAUUGCAAGGACGUCCACUGCCGGAUACCUCGGUGAGGCACCAAAGACCGAGAUGCGAUAAACUCGCUUCCAGAUCAGCCGUUGCUACUAAGAGUGGACAGAGAAGACGUUCCUCUAAUUGGAAGGAACGAAGACAGUAUAGCAGUAGACAUCGAAAUACAUGUGAUCGUCUUGAAAAAUCCAAGUUUAAUAAUAAUCUCAUAGAGAAUUUUAGGAUCGAAUAUAAACGAGCAAAUAUAUCAGUGACUGGUGAUAAAAAUGUGGAACGCGUAUUGUCUUGGAAAUUUGCGACUUUAGAUAAAGAUGGAGAUGGUUAUUUGGACAGAGCGGAAUACAAGGAACUUCGUAAACUUGCUAAAAAAGCAGUUAGACCUAAAAGAUGUGCACGUACAUUUGCACGAACCUGCGAUCUCAAUCGAGAUCUGAAACUCUCGAGGCAAGAAUGGGGUGCUUGUCUGGCCAACGAUUUCACUCUACGUUUGUUCUUGUCGCUGAACUCCGCAGCAGAUCCUCCCGAGGUCCCCGAGGACCAGAGGACACAGGCCACUGAUCAAGUACUCAAAGGUAAUUCCUCGCCUGUACAUUCGAGGCCUACGUUUAGCGAUAAUCCAGUCGAUACCAAAGAAGAAAAUGAUGCGACUGACUGUAUAUCGGAUAGGCGAUCGGUAUUGGAAGAUCAAAGACAAAAUUCACAAGAAAAGUUUUAUAUACCACAAUGCACACCAGAUGGUAGAUAUCAUCGUGUACAAUGUUAUUCCGGUUAUUGUUGGUGCGUUUAUCAAGAUACAGGAAAACCUAUACCUGGUACAUCUUCGAAAGACAGUACACCAAAUUGUAAUCCAGCACCUACACCUAGCAGACCAAUGAAGGGAUGUCCCGAAUUGAAGAAACAAAUUUUCCUACGAGACUUGAUGGAUUUAAUGCAAAAGAAAAUGAAAGCGUCUAGUACGGAUUCGAGCGAGAUAACAGCCAACUGGCAGGCUUCCAAAGAAGAACAAGUAGCCACGUGGCACUUCGUAAUGCUCGAUAAAAACAAGAAUAAGAUUUUAGAAAGAAAAGAAUGGAAGAGCUUUCGCAUCAUGGUCUCCAACAAUAGAUUGCUUCGUAAAUGUGGCAAAAAAUUGCCUAGGUAUUGUGAUAUUAAUAAUGACAGAAGAAUCAGUAUGACGGAAUGGUUGAGUUGCCUGAAUGCUCAACAUCCGGUAACAGCUGAAAAUCCGGAAAAAUCAUCUACAAGCAAGCCAAAGAGGAUGGGUCCUAAUCCAUUGGAUCAAUUUCUCAAUGAUGACGAUUAAUAGAAACCCUUUGUGAUAUAUACAUUAUCAUUUAAUCUAUGCAAUGUGAAAGCAUUGUGAUAAUUUAGUAUUAUUCAAUCAUAGAACUUAUUUGAAAAUAAGAUUGAAAAAUUCGAAAAGUCAUUUAUUAAUUUUACGUUAUUCUUUUACUUCGUAUUUGACGAUGAACGCGAAUUUCAUCUAUUUUCCAUACAUAAUGUUAUCAAUCCUUGGUAAUCUAUUAAUGGGAUAAAGAAUUAUUUCUUUAUUUUUCAAUUAUUACUUUAUCCGAGAUAUUCAUUUUAAUUACUUUUAAGGGAUAAUUGAAUGUAAAUCAAAAUAAAAAAACAUUGUAUAUAUAAAAAUCAAUUGUAAUUUCAACGAUAAACAACAAUGGUAAAUUUGUGAAUAUAUUUUUGUAUACUUGUCUUAAAAAUAUAGAUACUGUUCGUAAUAUUAUUCCAAUAGUAUCUAUGUACAUAUCCAAGAUCUGCUUUUAUUAUCAUAAAAGAUAAGAUGAACACAGAAAUGUAAGAACCGAGAAAAUUCGAAUGUUUAUCUCGAUUCCAUUAUUAAAAGUCCGACAAUCCAUAUUAUGAUACAAUGAAUCAUACAAGAGUUUUUACAAAUACAAUUACACGCCAGAUUAUAUAUUAGUAUAUUAGAUUAAGGACUGUGAUGAGUCUUAUUGUUAGAGAAUAAAACCAUAAAUUUAAACGUA